UUACGAGCUCCGCCUUUUGCGCAUGCGCAGUGGGCCGUUUUAAAGGUUGCCAGGACAACCACAAAACAAGAUGGCGGCCGUUGCAGAGCUUAGCUUGACUCCUUCCUCGCUUGCCGAGGCCUCCUUAUCGAGAGCACGUCAGAAAAGAAGGAAAACGACAAACAAAGAAAAAAAGGAAGAACCAGUUUCUCCCACUUAUAGUAGGGCUCCGCAACCUCUCCCUCUCUCACUGCAAAGAGAGAUUCCAGUAGCAAGAGAAGAACCAGUUACUGAAACCUCUUUUAUUGGACACACUCAAAAUGGCCGCCAAGAUGAGGAGUCUACUCCUCCUCCUUCUCCUCCGACACAUUCUGAUGGGAAAGAUGCUGAGGGUGUGGCUUUAUCGGGAGACGUGGAUCAUCAUGGGGACCAGGAAGGGGAAGGAGGGAGAGUGAGACCUCAAGUUGAAGAACAGCAAGAUGAAGAUAAACUAAUCGGUAUUAUAUUCACGAUACUCAAUGCUUAUCCUUUAAAAGCUAAACUAACACUCCAGUCCCUCUCCAUUAGACUCUCAGUAUGCAACAGGAUCACUAAUACACUACACACUAAAUCCCAACCUCAUCACUCAGCAGUCUCAUACUAUGAGAAGGAUAAUCCUCAAGUUGACUAUAUACUACCAGUAAUGAGCCAACCCUGCUACCUCUCCUCAGACCUUCAAGGUAUAUUACAGGCCAAUUGGAAUGAGGAGGUUAUCAUUCACGAGAGACGCUCUCACAUUUUUAACCCUCACACCCUCUUACUGGUUGAGCUCCUUCAACUCAAGCAACAAGCCACGCCUACUCCGAUAGCCUGGGGCUGGGUUCUGAUUGGUCGGAUGCCUCUGGAUCGGGAGAUAUGUGUCAAGUUAUACCGUGUACCCAAAAGAAACUAUUUUUUAAAAAGAUGUCCUAGCACUGACAUUAAGGUGAUCAUUAAUGAGUUAUUGAACAUUAAGAGUCCAAAGGAUUAUCCAACAGUCCUCUGUAUGAGAGCAGUGAUAAAGGACAGCACCGAACUAACCAAUCCUGAUGGACGAGUGUUGAGAUCCACUUCACCACUAGUACCAGAAUCAAGCUCUGAAGGUCUCACUAAAUUAAGGUCCAGUAGAUUGAAAGGUGUCCUCCAUGACAGUAUCAACAGUCUUGAUGAUGGACUCAAUCCUGAUCCACAGUGGACUAGGCUACCAGGCCAGCCCUGUGCAGUCCCCAGUAAACUGGACCAGUAUCUACUAACUGGCAGUAAUGGCUGCUCUGCUUUAUCAUUCUCUCAUUCUGGAAGGUUUUUGGCUGCUGGCAUUGAAGAUAAUGGUCAAUCUAUGAUUAAAAUAUACCAGGUCAUGAAGUGGGUGCUAUUGUGUACCCUACCCAGUGAUACUAAUAUCAUUUACAAGCUCUCGUGGUCCAUUGAUGAUAAUCAACUAGCCUGUGCCUCUGCUAGUGGACUCUGCCAUGUAUGGUCAUUCACUGAGGCUGGUAAUGUUGAGACACUACUCCCUCAUCCCUCUUAUGUCUACUGCUGUGAGUGGAUCGGUCCUCCCUCUAAAGACUGGUCUGGUUUCAUAGUCACUGGCUGCUAUGAUGGAGCCAUUAGGUGCUGGAAACAACACCAAUUGACUCAUGUUGAAGAUGUCCACUCCUCAGUCAAUGCCCUGGUGUUUGAUGUGAAGCAGUCCUUAUUGUAUUCUGGGGAUAGCACUGGAGCUAUUAAAAUGUGGAAAAUAAAUAAUGAUGAUUACACUAUCCAGUUGCACUGUAACAUUCUUAUACCAGAGUAUAAGGGUAUGAGUAUAAGGGACAUGUCAUUAUUACCAUGGUCUCAUCAGGUGGUAGUGUAUAGACCUAAAGGAUUCAACCAACUGACCAAAAUUGACAUUAGAAUUGAGUCAGUAACUGUUGUAUACUCUACCAGUGACAGUAUUACUGGGGGCGUGGCAGUGGGUGGAGCCAGUAGGUCACUACCCCAUGGUGGAAUGUGUGUAUCACCUUGUGGCUCACUAGUAUUAUCAGUAACUGGCUCAUUGAUACACGUAUGGAAUGCAUCUAAUGGUAAACUGCUUGAUGUUCAUGAGUGUGGUACACUGAGGUCUAAUGGUAUAACAUGUCAGUAUCAUCCUUUUGAACAUUUGUUUGUGUGUAGUGGGAUUGGUCAUAAUCAAGUUAUAUCAUUACUAUCAUAAAUUUAAUUUAUUUAUUAUCAUUAUUAAAUUAUUGUUUUAUCAUUUUUAAUUCUCUUUUUAUUGUUUUUUUUUAAUCAAUUUGACUCAAUCUAAACAUGUAGAAACUUUUAACAUUCAUUUAAAGAUA